AUUUUAUAAAACGAAAUAAUGGAAAUCUCGACAUCAUCCUCUACAGAAAAUUCAUUACAAACAAUGGUUCCCACACUUAAACUAAGAGAAAAAAUACGUGAGUACACCAAAUCACAUCGGGAACAAUUGCGUGCAAAUUCUUUGGACUCCUUACGGUUUGGCAUUGGAGAGAUUAAAGCGCGCAUUCAAGAAUUGGAAAAUUUGACUGAAAAGGAUGUCACUGGUUUGGCUGGACGCAUAAAACGUCGUAAACAUGCCACCAAUGAAGAUAUGUACAGACUAUCUCAUGCAUUCCUACAAGACGAAAAGAACAUAGAAACAUUUAACAAAAUACCCGGUGCUAUACAAGUCUUGGUCAAGGAGUUGACAGGCAAAGACUCUGAACGCCAGCUAAGCUCUGCUGAGUGUUUGUGCAAUUUGUCUUUAGGUGAAGCACCAGUUUGUGAAAAAAUAUCUUCAUUGGCAGGAAGCUACCUGGUUACCUAUCUGCAUACAACAGAAACCCAGUUAUUGAGACUGUGUUUAUGGACGCUAGCUAACAUUCUGGCCACUGGCCAUAAAGGUGCUUCAACGCUUAUGCAAAUGCAAGUUUUACCACAGUUAUGGAAACUUUAUACCGAUGAUGAGAUAGCUGAUAGUCUUGCUGAUUUUCGUGAAGAUGCUGCUAUUUGUCUACAAAUUAUAGCUCUAAACUCUGAAAAAUUAAAAAGCGAGGAUCGUGAUUACGUUCAUAAACAUUUUGUGGAAAAAAAUCCCACAUGUGUAGCUGGGGAAUAUAAUCUACAAAUAAUUUUUCAUAUUUUAUUCUGUCAUGCUGAAUUGGUAGGUUCUUUAACAUCUUCUGAGCAACUAUACCUAAUAAACUAUUCACUCAGCAAUAUUUGUAAUACAAAGGAAUUUAAAACAUCAACACAACAUUUAAAGAUUCUCUAUUCAGUUCGUGUAUUAGCUAAUUUGUUGGCUUGCCAUCCCACCUGCUAUUCAAUGUUACUACAACAAUUAUCGAUAGUAUGGCAUACCAAUCUUACAGCACUUUUAAAUUCACUAUUUUUCUUCCAAAAUCCAUACCUAACACGAGAGGUUUUGUGGUUUUUGAAAAAUAUUUUGAAUUUGGAAAAUUCAAUUCCUUUAGCUCAGAAUAAUUUUGUAGAGAAAUUAAAUAUUUGUAAAAGUAAUUUUGAGAAAAUUUCUGUACUAAAUAAUGAUGUAGAAUCUAUGGUAGUUUAGAAAUAAUUUUAAGGGCUAUUAAAAGCAUUGGAUUGAUUUAUUAUUUAUUGAAUUAUUAAAUGAAAAAAAAGAAUAAUUGUUAAAGUUGAAAAAUUGCAUAGCAUAUAAAAAUAUUCGAAAUAUUAAUGGAGAUAAUAGAAUAAUAAAAUAUAUUUGCUAAAAUACUCCUUAGUUUUUAAA